AUGGACAGCUUACGGAACGUCCACUCCGAUCUCUUCAGUCUUGUACGCUUAUACGAAGGCACUCGAUUCGUCGAGAAUCUAGCCCUAGAGCGACUUGUCAAUGACGUCGAUUACUUCGACAUUAGCAAGAAUACAAAAUUUGAUCCAUGGAGUAACCCAUCGCCAGCUCUCAUCUUCGUCGUCGAUGGCGAAGUCACGGUCACAGUCCCCGAUAGUAUCUCCACCCUACCGAACCACUCAUCUCUACAAUCAGAGUGCCAAGCCGUGUCCAAGUCCCUUAAACGCGGCGCAUGUCUCAACUCCACCUCUCAAAUGCUUGACAUCCUCUCCAAAGAGAACCACGAUGUACCUACAAACCCGAGAUUCGGAGAAGCAAGGGUUUUGUACCAAGCAGCGACACACUUAAAGCUUGGGAGAAUAAAUCUGCGCCAGUCUCGCAACAUUCCUGAAGAUAUGCGCUCUCCGAUGAUUCAGGCUUUACUGCAAAAGUUAUUCCUCGUCACAUUUCCCGUUUCUGAAACGCAUUUUGGCUUGACAGGUCAAGUACUGGACUGCGAGCUGAAGAUGACUUCUCUCAACAGCGGAUCCACUCAGGACAAUCCAUUUGGCGAUGACAAUGGACCCUCGCUUUUUGGUUACGAUGAUGGUAACCCUGAUUCUCCCUAUAGCCCUCUCGAUGAUGCCUUUGCACCUAUCUACGAUGCAAAACCAGCAAGAAGCCGCACACCUUCAAACCUAUCGAUAGCGUCCACCUCAAGACCCCAAUCAAUGCUAGGAUCGGACCUGUACAACGACUCCCAGCUCCCUCUCCCAAAAAGCCGCAGCAAUCCAAACCUGAAGUUAAUGAUCACUACCGAGAAGCCCCCGGUUACCUCGAGUGACGAUGGCAACCUCGGCGUGUUCAAAUCGCAGUCCAUCCUCUCCAAGACAGAGCGCAAGCGUCAAAGUAUCCCGCAAUUCAAGGAACGAACACCUGAUACCAGGCGGAUAAGAGUACAUGCUGCUAAAAGAAUUAUCAAUAUGCUUAUGCAUCCGAAAGGCCUUAAUGUGCGGACUGGUGACCCGAUAGAUCAGGCCAUCAUGGACGACGUCGAAGCCAACAUGGAAAUUCUGUCUCUUAGUCAGGGAGAGUAUCUGGCACAUCAUGGGGAGCGAUAUCCUGGUCUUCUUCUCGUGAUAGACGGUAAUUUGGAGGCGCGUAACGGGGAUACGAAUAAUACACAAUCAGCUAAGGUCCCAAUGUCGAAGUUGAGUCCCGGCGACAUGAUCGGUCACAGCAGCUUAAUCCAAAACAACAAAUCCCAAUUCGACUUUAGAGCCGUAACAAAGUCAACAGUUGGCUUGUUACCAAGAACCUUCCUUCGGCGGCUGACGGAGCUGUGUCCUCAGAUGCUGGUGGUGCUGGCCGCCAAGAUGCAUGAUCUUCUACCCCCUUUGAUUUCAUUAAUCGACUUUGCGCUGGACUGGUCAACGGUCAAAGCUGGAGGAGAAAUCUACAAAAAGGGAGACGUCAGUGAUUGCAUCUCCUUUGUCGUCAAAGGACGUAUUCGCAUCAGUGAAGAGAGCACAGCCGCUGGAGAUAUGCACAUCAAGGAGUACGGUCCAGGGAAUGCCUUUGGCGUGCUCGAGUUCCACACAAACCACCCAAGACCAUCAACAGCUCACGCUAUCCGAAAGUCUGAGAUGGCGCAAUUACAAAAGUCAGCUUACCAGAAACUCAUCAACUACGCGCCCGAUCUAGGAACAAAGCUCUGGGGGAGUAUCGCCCAGCCACCCCGAACUGACCAGGCCCAACCGAAUACAAUGCCAUCAGACCCUAAUCGUCUUCGGACUAUUGCUGUGUUCCCACUCUCUGUCGAAGUCCCGGCUGCCAAGUGUGCAACACUUCUGUCUUCUGCGUUAGUGGCGCUCGGCAUUUACGACAAGGAAAGUGUAUCGUUUGUCGAGUCACAUAGUGUCAUUAGUGCUAUAGGUGAUUCUGUAUUCACUGACGCUGGGAAUAAGUAUUUGGAAGAUUACGUAGCUCAUGUUGAGCAAAAUUCGAACUUAUCUAUACUUGUUGGAGAGAAUUCGGUUGACUCGACGUGGAACGAUAUCUGUAUAUCAACGGCUGAUCUGAUUAUCCUCAUGGCUAUGGACGAUGCAGAUCCAAGAAUCACCAGAGUUGAAUUGAAGCUUGAACGACACGGAACGCUCGCCCAGAAGGUUCUUGUCCUAGUGGAUGAUGGGGAGGACGAGGUUUGCCCUCAAGCUAUCACCAAGCCAUACAUACAAGAAAGGUCAUGGCUUGCGACUCCCACGUCCCAUAUUGAGAGAGUCCGCCUCGCCAAUAAUGACUCUUGUCGUGAUUUUGAACGUCUGGCACGUCGCAUAACUGGACGGUCAAUUGCCGUUGUGUUUGGCGGAGGUGGCGCUCGCGGAUUCGCCCACUUGGGUACCCUGCAAGCUCUCGAGGAAGAAGGUAUACCAUUUGACAUAGUGGGCGGUACUUCCAUGGGUGCCUUCAUUGGCGCUCUAUACUCAAGCCACAUGUCUAUCGAUCGCACGGUAGAGGCUGCCAGGGCUUUCAGCAAGGUGUCGCGUUGGUACAGAUAUCUUUUAGAUUUCACGAUGCCCGUCUUGGCUUGGACAUCAGGCACCAUGUUUACGAGCCACGUAUCUUCAGCAAUGGACCAAGACCUAGAUUCCAGUGAUCUACGAUUGGCGUUUUAUUGCAAUGCGACGAAUAUGAGUCAAGGUGGUCGAGGUCAGACUAUGUAUCCCCAAGCCCGGUCUCUUUGGCAGAUGGUUCGGGCCUCUAUGAGUAUCCCGCCCAUUUUCCCGCCGUUUGCCGUGGAGGGGGAGGGCGAUAUUCUUGUUGAUGGGUGCUUCUCAGCCAACGUUCCUGUCUUUCCAGCUUUGUCACUGGGUGCUGAAAUUGUUCUAGCUUUCGAUGUCUCCAACACAGCUGGCGCGCCGCCACCACAAACACUUGGUCAAUCAGUAUCAGGAUGGUGGAAUUUUGCGCAAAUGAUGUUCCCUUGCACGAGUUCACGAAAGCCACACAGAGAUUCACCGCAUGGGGCUGUGGGGUCUGAUGGAGAUGUCUGGGGUUCGCUGCAACUGCUUGAACUUAUAACAUUUUCAACCAACACCAACGAGAUCAAGGCCAUUCAGGAUACACCGGAGUGUUUGUAUAUGCUGCAUGAUUUGGGUAAAACUGGCACGUUUGACAUGGAAAAGUUUGAUGAUAUACGGGAGAUGGGGUAUGAGGGUGCCAAGAGAUGGUUGCGAGAUUUGAAGAGAUCUGGUAAACUGGAUCAUCUCGCACUUCCCAGGGGUAUCAAGACUGAGAGAGUUUAG